AUGGCCGAGGUCCGCUCGAUUUCUCCUUGGAGUAAUAAUCGGAGUUGUGGAAGUAAUAAAGAAGAUUUUGACCAAGGCAUGGCCCAGAACUGCAUUCGUCUCUUGAAACGUAAGCAUGAUGAAAUCGAGAGUGAUUCUGCUGAUAACGCAUACGGAAUCGUUACCGAUGGCUGA